UACUACUAAGUGUGGGGUCUGUCGUAAGGCGGUAGUCGAAAAUUCAUAUGCCCUAGGCUGUGAUUUUGGCUGUAACCUGUGGUAUCACAUUGAGUGCGUAGGUAUAAGCAUUGAAGAGCAUGAUAGGCUAGUAGAAGAGAAAGAAAACUGGUACUGUGAUAAAUGUAGUUUAAAAAAUGACAAAAUUUUGCUAAACCAAGAAAUUAAAUCUCUAACCUCAACCAUAACUCUGCUGCAAGAAGAAAUUCAAGAAUAUAAGGCCUUGUAUGAUAAUGUUAGGAAACAAAAUGUUAACCUUAGUGAAAUCUGUCUUGCGAAAGAGGAGGAAAUUAUCAAACUUAAGAAGGAGUUGGACACUGUUUCAUCAUGUGCGGAAAUUGGCGUGAUGAAUAUAAGCACUAGGCCUAGCCUAAAUAGUCAAUCACCAAUUAAUAUUUCAGACUUUCCUCCACUACAACUUAAGAAUAAGUAUGCUAGUCUGGCGGGCAAGUCUGGUGAAGGUGUGGAUGAAACUUUGGCAGACACGAGCUUGAUUAACUCCGGGGAGCGGAGAAGAGCGAGAAGAGGCAGUAUGAGACGCAGAAGUGAGAGCAGAACCCAAACUCCAAAACCCAAACCUUUGAAUGAUUGUUCUACACCUCAACCACCAUCUAACCUAACUUUACCUCCCUCUCACAAUAGUUUUGACUUAAACCCAUCCAACACACAAACUGACAACAGGAAUUGCACCCAAGCAAGUAGGCCUAAACCUAGUCCUAACACAGCAAGGAGGAAGAUUUUGAUUGUUUCGGAUAGCCAUGGCAAAGAUUUAGCUAGCUAUCUAACUGUUCUGACUCAGAAUAAAUUUAACAUCUUCUCUCUGUGUAGACCUGGUGCUAAACUGGUGGAUGUUAUAGACGGACUAAACAAGCAGGUUGAGGGUAUGUGUAGUGAAGACACCGUUAUAAUUAUUGGAGGCAGUAACGACAUCUUCCAGGGGCUGUCUUCAAUUAUCUCGAGCAAAGUGAGGCAAAGACUUAAGUGUCUCAAGAAUCUCAAUGGGCCUAAAGUAAUAAUGAUGAAGCUGCCACCUAGGCACGAUGAUCCACGACUCAACUGGACAAUCCAAGAGUGUAAUAAAGGACUUGAGGCUAACAAUGUAACUAAAGACUUCAAUUUUAUAUCUGUAGGUAACUUUAACAGAAGGCUCUUUACAAAUCAUGGGCAACACCUAAACAAAUCAGGCAAGAUAUACACCUACACGAAACCCGAAACAGGACAAAACUCAACAUUCCACAGCACAGAUUGGCAAAAUUCGGCAAAUCACACAAGGCAAAUUGUAUCAAAUUUUUCAACAAACUACAUGAAUCAGCAAGGACCACCACACCAAAAAUCUUCAAAAAUAAGGUAA